CCUCGGCGCUCACGUGACCCGUCCUGCAGCCGCUGGGGCCGGAGGGUGCAGCUCGGCGGAGGCCUGGCCAGGCCGGGCCGAGCGGAGCAGGCCGGAGCGCGCCGCGCGCCAGGGAGGGUCUGAGUGCCGCGCCUCCCGCCGCACCCGCUCGCGCGCUCGCAAGCCGUGCCUCGGCUCUGGGACCCCUGGCGGGCGGCCGGAGGACAUGGCCGGCGACGCCGUGCAGAGCGAGCCUCGCAGCUGGUCGCUGCUGGAGCAGCUGGGUCUGGCUGGGGCAGACCUGGCAGCCCCCGGGGUGCAGCAGCAACUGGAGUUAGAACGAGAGCGACUGAAGAGGGAAAUCCGCAAGGAGCUGAAGCUGAAGGAGGGCGCCGAGAACCUGAGGCGAGCCACCACUGACCUGGGCCGCAGCUUGGGCCCUGUGGAGCUGCUGCUGAGGGGCUCUGCUCGACGCCUUGACUUGCUCCACCAGCAGCUGCAGGAGCUGCAUGCGCAUGUGGUGCUACCUGACCCUGCAGCCGGGAGUGAUGCUCCCCAAUCCCUUGGAGACGGCAGCCCUAUGUGCUCAUCCACCAACCUGAGCCGAGUGGCUGGCCUGGAGAAACAACUGGCCAUUGAGCUGAAGGUCAAACAGGGGGCAGAAAACAUGAUCCAGACUUACAGUAAUGGCAGCACCAAGGACCGGAAGCUGCUGUUGACGGCCCAGCAGAUGCUGCAGGAUAGUAAGACCAAGAUUGACAUCAUCCGCAUGCAGCUUCGCCGUGCACUACAGGCUGGCCAGCUGGAGAGCCAGGCGGCUCCUGAAGAGGCCCAAGGCUGUCCUUCAGGUUGUCCCACUGUCAUGUGGCCCGUGCCCAUAGGAGGCCCAGAGCUGGGAGCUGUAGAGCUUCGCAUUGAGGAGCUGAGACACCAUUUCAGAGUGGAGCAUGCUGUGGCAGAAGGUGCCAAGAAUGUCCUGCGUCUGCUCAGUGCUUCCAAGGCCCCAGACCGCAAGGCAGUCAGUGAGGCUCAGGAGAAAUUGACUGAAUCUAACCAAAAGCUGGGCUUGCUGCGUGAGUCACUGGAGCGGCGCCUCGGGGAGCUACCGGCUGAUCACCCCAAGGGCCGGCUACUUCGGGAGGAGCUUACUGUGGCCUCAUCAUCAGCCUUCAGUGCAAUGCUGCCUGGGCCCUUCCCUGCCACGCACUACAGCACGUUGAGCAAGCCUGCACCUCUCACAGGGACCCUGGAAGUACGAGUGAUAGGCUGCAGGAAUCUUCCAGAGACCAUCCCCUGGAACCCUUCCCUCUCAGCUGGGGCAUCUGGAACCCCUGACAGCCGUACCCCUUUCCUAAACCGCCCAGCUCGGGGCCUUUACAGCCGAAGCGGAAGCCUUAGUGGACGGAGCAGCCUCAAGGGAGAAGCUGAAAACACGACCGAGGUCAGCACCGUGCUCAAGCUGGACAAUGCAGUGGUGGGACAGACAGCCUGGAAGCCGUGCGGCCCCAAUGCCUGGGACCAGAGCUUUACCCUGGAACUGGAGAGGGCACGGGAGCUGGAGUUGGCUGUGUUCUGGAGGGACCAGAGGGGCCUGUGUGCGCUCAAAUUUCUGAAGUUGGAGGACUUCUUGGACAACGAGAGGCAUGAGGUGCAGCUGGACAUGGAACCCCAGGGAUGCCUGGUGGCUGAGGUCACCUUUCGCAACCCCAUCAUUGAGCGGAUCCCUAGGCUACAACGGCAGAAAAAAAUUUUCUCCAAGCAGCAAGGGAAGGCAUUUCAGCGUGCCAGACAGAUGAACAUUGAUGUGGCAACUUGGGUGAGGCUCCUCCGGAGACUCAUCCCUAAUUCUGUCACCACGGGUACCUUCAGUCCCAACGCAUCUCCAGGUUCUGAGGUUCGGAACACUGGAGAUAUAUCCAUGGACAAGUUGAACCUUGGUGCUGACUCAGACAGCUCGUCCCAGAAGAGUCCCCCAGGGAUGCCCCCCACCUUAUGCAGCCUGAGUUCUCCAACCCAUGAAUCCACCUCCUCUCCAGAGCCGCCUUCAGAGACCCAGGAGACCCCAGGCCCCGGCCCGUGCAGCCCCCUGAGGAAGUCACCCCUGAUGCUUGAGGACUUCAAGUUCUUGGCAGUGCUGGGUCGGGGUCAUUUUGGGAAGGUGCUGCUGUCUGAAUUCCGCUCUAGUGGGGAGCUCUUUGCCAUCAAAGCCUUGAAGAAAGGUGACAUAGUAGCCCGAGACGAGGUGGAGAGCUUGAUGUGUGAGAAGCGGAUUUUGGCGGCCGUGACCAGGGCAGGACAUCCCUUCCUGGUGAACCUUUUCGGCUGUUUCCAGACCCCAGAGCACGUGUGCUUUGUGAUGGAGUACUCAGCGGGCGGAGACCUGAUGCUGCACAUCCACAGCGAUGUGUUCUCUGAGCCGCGGGCCGUCUUCUAUUCUGCCUGUGUGGUGCUGGGGCUGCAGUUCCUCCAUGAACACAAGAUUGUCUACAGGGACCUGAAGUUGGACAAUUUGCUCCUGGAUACUGAGGGCUACGUCAAGAUCGCAGACUUUGGCCUCUGCAAGGAGGGGAUGGGCUAUGGAGACCGGACCAGCACAUUCUGUGGAACCCCAGAGUUCCUGGCGCCCGAAGUGCUGACAGACACAUCCUACACGCGAGCGGUGGACUGGUGGGGACUGGGCGUGUUGCUCUAUGAGAUGCUGGUUGGGGAGUCUCCGUUCCCUGGGGACGACGAGGAGGAGGUUUUUGACAGUAUUGUCAACGAUGAGGUUCGUUAUCCCCGUUUCCUGUCAGCAGAGGCCAUUGGCAUCAUGAGAAGGCUGCUGCGGAGGAACCCAGAGCGGAGGUUGGGAGCCACUGAGCGGGAUGCAGAAGAUGUGAAAAAACAGCCUUUUUUCAGGACGCUGGGCUGGGAUGUCCUGUUGGCUCGUCGCCUGCCCCCACCCUUCGUGCCUACACUUUCGGGGCGCACCGAUGUCAGCAACUUCGAUGAGGAGUUCACUGGGGAGGCGCCCACGCUGAGCCCACCCCGGGAUGCGCGGCCCCUCACAGCUGUGGAGCAGGCUGCCUUCCGGGAUUUCGACUUUGUGGCAGGAGGCUACUAGCCCCAAGCCCCUGCUUUGCCCAAGAGUUCUUGGUUUUAAAAAGGUCUUUGGGGUUUACCCCAUACAUGCA